GGCAGGCAGGCGAGCGGGAGAACGAAAGUGGGCGAGGAGGAGGGAGGAGGAAGGUGAGAGAGGGAGGAGGAAGGUGAGAGAGGGAGGAGGAAGGUGAGCUAUGGCGACGAGCAGUCGGGCUCUGUCUCUGUCUCUCGCUCUUGGGAGACGUAUGUCCCGCAGAUGGGCAGUGAUCAGGGGUGGAGGGGGACUACCCGUGGCGACCGGGGCUCCACCUACCAAACCGCUGGACGAGCACGAGGAGCUUAUCUGGGACGACGGGACGGUGAAUCCGGAACCCGCUCUUGACGAAGUUGCGCCCAUGAUAGGCAAGUAUGAGGCACUUGCGUACGUCUCCAUGGGUUUGGGAUUCUUUGGCUUGCUGACAACAGCCGCGUGGUACAACGACAAGGCCUCUAAGAUACCCUAU